UUCAACUUUUAGGACUGCAGUAUACAGAGCCGAGACGCCCUGCGGGACCCUGGGGGAUCUGGGGUACUGAAAGUAGGCAGACAUGGGCUGCGGCAGGCUCCAGGGGAAAACGGGACCUCUCAGGGAAGAUCCUGAGAGGAAGCCACUUGGGAGUGGGUAAAAAUGUUAUAUGUCAUGCCCAGCCCUCUCUUCGUCUUCCGAGGGAGGAGCUGUUCUUCCAGCUUGGAAGCAAGGAUGCCAGUUAGCAGGAUGCCAGAAUCUCAGGGUCUCUCUUCCAUAUCACCUGCCUGAGCCCUGCUGUCUCCUUCCUAUGUUUUCUGUGUGUGGCGGAGAGUGUGGGAAGACAUGGUUAUCCCCACCUCGAGCCCCAUUCUGUUCGGUUCUUCUCCCAGGAGCUCCUUGGAGAUGCUUCUGCUGUGGCUGCUGCUGCUGCUGCUGCUGCCCCUGCCCCUGCUGGCCAUGCACUGGCAGCAGAGGUCUCGGGGUGCCAGGCCAUGCUGGCUGAUCAGUCUCCAGCACCGAGUGGCCUGGGGGCUGCUGGGCUGGGCAGCCGUCUGGCAGCAGCGGAAACUAGAACGGAGCACAUUGAAUGUGGCCCAGAGCCAGCAGCAGGCCCUCAGGUGGUGUCUGAAGAAAGCCCAGGGUUCCUGCUGUCUCCCCAGGGAGAACACAGACGUGAGCACCUUCCAGAAUCAUCUUCCACUGACUCAAACCAGCCACACCCAAGAGAAAGAAAGUGAAGAGAAGCUCCUACCCUCUACCUUACCCCAGUACCAUGGAGAUGCCCCUUUGCAGGCCACCCUGCUGGGUCUAAUAACCCUAAACAAAGCCUAUCCAGAAGCGCUGGCUCCAGGAAGCACUGCCUGUGUGACCCCUGCAUCCCCAUGGCCCUGCUCUGUCCCCUGGCUUGGGCAUGCCCUCGGCCGGGUAAGCCCUGUUGGAGCCAAGGACGCGCGGACCCUGCUGCUGGAGGCCUUGAUAUCCCCGGGGCUGAGGGUACUUGAGGCAAGGACUGCAGUGGAGCUCCUGGAUGUCUUUGUGGGCUUGGAGGCUGAUGGUGAAGAACUGGCUGAGGCCAUAGCAGCUGGGAGCCUAGGAAGGCUUCUUCCCACACGAGCGGCUGAGCUGCAGGAGGCCCUACAGCAGGGACCCCGAGGACUGGCCCUCCGGCUCUGGCCAAAGCUGCAGGUGGUGGUGACUCUGGACUCGGGAGGACAGGCAGAAGCUGUGGCUGCCCUUAGGGUCCUGUGGUGCCAAGGGCUAGCCUUCUUCUCUCCUGCUUAUGCUGCCUCAGGAGGAGUGAUGGCCCUAAACCUGUGGCCAGAGCAACCUCAAGGAUCCUAUCUUCUGCCCCCUGGAGUCCCCUUUAUUGAGCUGCUUCCAAUCAAGGAAGGAACCCAAGAGGAGGCAGCCUCUACUCUCCUUCUUACUGAUGCCCAAAAGGAGGAAGACUAUGAGUUAGUGCUGACUGACUCUGCCAGUCUAACCAGGUGUCGCCUGGGUGACGUGGUACAGGUGGCUGGUACCUACAAUCAGUGUCCUGUGGUCAGGUUCACCUGCAGGCUGGGACAAACCCUGAGUGUUCGAGGAGAAGUUACUGAUGAGACUGUAUUCUCUGCGGCCCUGGCCCAAGCAGUGGGGCAGUGGCCAGGGGCCAAGCUGUUGGACCAUGUCUGUGUGGAGAGCAGCAUUCUAGACUCCUGUGACGGUUCUGCCCCACACUACGAAGUGUUUGUGGAGCUAAGGGGGUUGAGGAAUCUGUCAGAGGAAAAUCGAGACAAGCUUGACCACUGCCUUCAGGACGCCUCCCCUCAGUACAAGUCCUUGCGGCUCCGGGGCAGUGUGGGUCCUGCCAAAGUCCAUCUGGUGGGGCCGGGGAGCUUCAGAGUACUUCGGGAAGCACUAGCAGCCUGCUCCUCCUCCGUCUGGCCUCCUGAAAUGCCUCGGGUCCUCAGGCUCAGGCGCCUGGUCCAGCUCCUGCAGAAGAGGGUGCUAUCCUAACCAAGGUGGCCAGCCUUCUCGUGUCCGCCUCGCUCUUUCCUCUGGGACAUCUCUGGCUGUUGAGUCCUGGACUAGAUGUCGUAUAAUAUAGGUUUGUUGGAGUCCUUGGGCCUUAGGGAGACCUUAGACUCAUUGGCGGGUUUCAAGAUGCAGGCUUUGUGCAUAUAGCCGAACCUGCCUACGGUCCCCUGUCAACCUAGCCUUCGUGAGACUGCUGGUCCUUCUCAUGUGCUUGGCCAAGGUACAGCAAGAACUGAAAGUGUCGGCAAUGCUCCUUGGGCAGAGGCUGAACCUCAGCCUCAUUGCCUUGUGGUCUAAGGUGUACCUUGCACAAGCUCCUGAAAGGCUGAGGCUGUGGUCCACGGUAGCCUGGUGUUUAACACUCUUCCUACCAGUUCUUCUCCCAUCCCUCCAUCCUUCUCUCCCUUCCUCACUCUAUCAUUCUGCUAUCUGGGUCAACUCCCAAAUAAAACUUUUUUUAAA